AUGGCCAAUCCUUUUCAACGCCCAUUCCAACUCGAGAACGAGUCCCUCUUCCAUUGCAAGUCUUUGAUCAAUGGAGACUUUGUAUCCGCCAAGGAGGGUAAAACCUUCAACGUUGUUGAUCCGGGAUCCGGAAAGACGUGGGCAUCUUGUCCAGAUUGCACGACGUCAGAUGUCGAUUCCGCUGUUGCAUCCUCAUAUGAAACAUUCAAGACUUACUCAAAGACGACACCACGGUUCAGAGCACAGACUCUGAUGAAAUGGCACAACCUGAUCCUUGCCGCUCGUGAAGAUCUAGCACGCAUUCUUGUCCACGAGACAGGAAAGACACUCGUGGAAGCGCGAGGCGAAAUCGACUAUGCCCUUACCUUUGUUUGGUGGUUCUCUGGGGAGGCUGAUCGGGCGCAUGGUACUUCAAUGAGCUGUGCUAUCCCUGGUCGGCGCGCAGUGACCAUUAAGCAACCUAUUGGUGUUGCCGCCGCCCUUGUCCCAUGGAAUUUCCCAAUCGCCCUUGCACUACGUAAGGCUGCUGCUGCUUUGGCUGCAGGAUGUACCAUGGUAGUCAAGCCUUCUCCAGAGACACCUUUGACAUGUGUUUCAGUCGCACACCUCGCUUUGGAAGCCGGGUUUCCUCCUGGAGCACUGAACGUGGUGACGACAUCACUGGAGAACACACCAAGUGUGGCCGAGGCUCUGUGUUUGGAUGCGCGGGUCAAGAAAGUGAGCUUCACGGGCAGCACGAGGGUUGGAAAGAUCAUCGCCAGCUUGUGUGCGCCGAAUCUAAAGAAGACAACCUUUGAACUAGGGGGUAACUGCCCAUUCAUCGUGUUUGAUGAUGCAGAUGUCGACCAAGCUGUAUCUCAACUCAUGCCUCUGAAAUGGCGACACGCUGGACAGGCGUGCAUCACCUCCAAUAGAGUUUUUUUGCAUAGCAGCAUCUACGACACGUUUGUCGAAAAGGUCGUGCAAGAAACUCGUGGAUUGAAAUUAGGACACGGUAUGGAAGAAAGCAGCACUAUGGGCGCGUUGACAACUCCACGGGGGCUCGACAAGGCAGAAGAAUUGUACCAAGACGCCAUCAGCAAGGGCGCAAAGACUGUCCUCGGUACUGGAAAACGUGAAGAAGGACAAGGUUACUUCAUAGCGCCUACGAUAUUGACUGAGAUGGAAGACGACAUGCUCAUGACGCACGAAGAAAUAUUCGCGCCUGUUCUCGGAUUCUACCGCUUCGAGAAUGAGGACGAGGUCGUGCAGAGAGCGAAUGACACGCCUCUGGGAUUAGCAAGUUACGUCUUCACGAAGAAUGUCGAUAGACUAUGGCGAUUGUUCGAAAAUCUAGAUGCGGGCAUGAUUGGCCUGAACGCGGGCAACAGCUCGUCUGCCGAAGCUCCAUUUGGUGGCAUCAAAGACAGUGGGCAUGGCAAGGAAAGUGGAAAGGAUGUCGCGAUCGAUGAAUUCUUGAUCACAAAGACUGCGACGUUGACGAUUGAUGGACAUUAUUGA